GUGUCGCAAAUACAUUUCGAAUCGGAUCGGGACCCGGCAGCUUUUCUUCGAUUCCAUUCCAGGGUUUUGGGGUUUUUGCGGGGAACCUGUUGGAAGAUUUGGUGAAGGUUUGCGGAAGACUGUUAGUUUAGUUGAUUGUGGUGUAAUUCGUGAAAGGAUAAAUUCAAAAUGCACACGGUUCUCACCCGGGGGAACGCCAUCCUGGCCUAUUCCCUGAGCGUCCUGGCCUUUCUGACGUUCUGCUGCUUCGCGUCCACCUUCUUCGUCGAUUACCGGACCAACGCCAAGAUCAACACGGUCAAAGUGCUGGUCAAAAAUGUCCCCGACUUUAGCGCGUCCCGCGAGAAGAACGACCUGGGCUUCCUGACGUUCGACCUCAACACCGACCUGAACGGGCUGUUCAACUGGAACGUGAAGCAGCUGUUCCUGUACCUGACGGCGGAGUACCAAACGGAGCAGAACGAGCUGAACCAGGUGGUACUUUGGGACAAAAUCAUCCUGCGCGGCGAGAACGCCAACCUGGACUUUAAGAACAUGAACACCAAGUACUACUUCUGGGACGACGGCAACGGUUUGAAGAACCACCAGAACGUGACGCUGACGCUGUCCUGGAACAUCAUCCCGAACGCGGGCCUGCUGCCGAGCGUGUUCGCCCACGGCUUCCACUCGUUCAAGUUCCCCGAGAACUACAUGCCGUCGCCGGUUUAAGUUUCGGCAGCUUUUUUAGAUAGAGGAAGAGGAGAGCAACCAUCAACAACAUCUCAGAGUUGGCUUUCCGGAAGUGAUUGUAGGGGGACAGUGUUAAAUUACGAUAGGGGGAAGAUUGUCGUAGGACAAAUUAAGCAUGUAGAAGUACACAAAAACAAAAAAAGCACUAGAGAAUGGAGUAAUUUUGUUCUGGGUAAUUCAAAGUGCAACUAAAAAUAAAUAACGAUCUAAUUAUCUUGAUCGGAAAAAUCGAAAAAAAAA